AAUAAAGUAAACAAUGCAAGUGGGCUUGAAUUUUUUGUUAAGUCUAAAGUAAUUAUAACAAAUGUCAGCAAAUAUAUUGAUUUCCUAAUCAGUCGACGUGCCAAGCUACAAACAUGUAAAAAUAUUUAGACCGCAAAUAUUCGCUGGCUUGUAAAUAGUAAACAAACUGCUGAUGACCACUGCAAUUCAAGUGAUAACCCUUGGCACCCAAGUGGAUGCUUGAUUUUAAUGCCAUGCACAAACAGCAGAUAACUACUACGACAUUAGUUGAAAUAUCUGUUGAUAAGACAUAAGAAGUGCCAAUUCGUGCAAAAAUUCAAAAUUUAGCGGCAGUAUAAGUUCAGCCACCGCUUAGGGGAGGGUGCACCAAGUAAAUUGUCCGCAAAUCGAAUAGUUUGAAGUAAUUGCAAAGCCUUAUAUAAGGAACGAGUGAAAUAUAUCAUUAGAAAAAUGACGACGAUCGGAAAUCCUUUGAAAAAAGUACUGAGGCAGCGCAUGAAAGCCGAAGUUAUACCAGCCAUUAGCGCCGAGUCCGUAGCGCGACAAUCGAAGGCCAUUUUCGAAAAGGUAAUCGCCUCUGAGACUUUUCGUCAAGCGGCUGAUGUUAGCAUCUACCUGAGCACUGGCAGCGAAGUUGAUACGCUGCCGCUAUUGCGUGAACUCUUCAACCAGCAGAAAAAUGUUUUUGUGCCUACUUACAGCGGCAAGCUGAUGGAAAUGGUGCGCGUCAAGGAUUGGGCGGACUACGAGUCAUUGCCACUAACCAAGUGGAAUAUUAAGCAACCGAGUGCAAAAGAGGGACGCGAAAAUGCGUUAACAAAUGGCCGCGGCAUUGAUUUAUUCCUAAUGCCAGGUGUUGCCUUCACCCUGAGCGGUGGUCGUAUGGGUCAUGGCAUGGGCUAUUAUGAUAGCUUUCUGAAACGGUAUUUUGACACCUAUCCUGAAAAAAAGGCUACCUUGAUGGCUCUGGCAUUCCGCGAACAAAUAGUAGACGAGAGCACUCUGCCGCUGGAGCCACAUGACGUACGACUUACAACUGUUGUCACGGAAUAACAGCUGCCCCCAUAUUGUACAUAUGCACUAUAUGUAAAUUGUAUAGACCUUUGUGUUAAAGAUGACUGUUAAUUUUGUAUAAAUGUACAUUUAUAUUUUUAAUUAAAAAA